CUGUUAACUGUUAUGUUUACAGUUAAAAGGAAAGUCAUAGUCUUACACUCUAAUGUCUUAUCCAGAUAUUUCUAAAGGCUUUCGACUUGCCAAUAACGAAAUCGGCCACCUUUGAUUUAUUAUUUAUAUUUAUUAGUUAUAUUUAUUCGAACAUCGUUUGGAAAAUGCGGCUCACCGCCAAUGUCCAGAUUUACAACAGGGUCCUGCCACUUUUGAAUUUCAACCAAAAAAGACCAGAACGUACUUUGUUGGUAAUCGGACGUAUGUUCGGCAAAGGGGCCGUGUACAUUUAUCUGCAGACUAGGACCAACCAAGUGGGGGUCAAAUAUCAGGUGGAAGAAAACAUUUUAACUGUGUUCACAAAGUAUCUGAACCAAGGGAAAGCGACUAUAAGACUAAAAGAGCCAGCGAUCGACUUGAGAAUCAAAGCGCACACAAACCAGCUCGAAAGAUUUCUCUCCGUUCUGAUGAAAUUCGCCGAAAAGGGCGGAUCCAAAAGUGCAUUGCCUCUUCCUAAUCUGGCAAAAGAGAAGAAAGCUGUCGUUUUCCCUAAGACCAAAUUGUCAGUCAGUUGUCGGGAAAAGUUACCCGGGUCUGAAGGGUAUCCCAGGUCUCUUGAGAAAAUCGAAAUUACUAACUGUGGAAUAAAAAAAAUUGACAACAGGAUACUUCGGCUGCAAGAUCUUACCGUUUUAAUGCUUGAAGGUAACUGCUUGCAAACCCUUCCAUCACAGAUAGAGCUACUUCCGAAUCUAAAGCAAUUGCAUCUACGGAAAAAUGAAUUUGGCUUGUCCAACGAUUGGAGCUGGAUAAAAGGGAAAUAUUUACAAAAGAACCUAACACAUUUGAAUCUUUGCGACAAUAAGCUUAAAUACUUGCCAAGUGAAAUUUGUAGAUUUAAAAACUUGUCUUAUCUCAAUUUAGGCGACAAUGAGUUGUCUCGUGUACCAAAUUCAUUAGGAAAGCUUACAAAUUUAAACAAUUUAAUAUUAGCAAAUAAUAAAUUGAGAUGGCUCCCGGCGAGUUUUCAGUUUUUGUCUCUGAAAAAUAUCGAUGUCAGUGGGAAUGAAGGCUGUUCAUACGGAAUUGAAGAAUUUACGGGGAAUGUAGGCCAACAUAGUCUUCUAGAUCUUGCCGCAUCUGUAGUUGUCCAGACAAGGGCAGAGUACACUGAAGAAACAUUGCCCAGGGAAUUAAUCAUGUAUCUCGAAAACGCAAUGUACUGUGUUUGCGGUACUUCCACCUACCCGAUAAAGCCUCAUGCGGUGAUCACUUUUGGCUUGAGAAAAAUAUCUUCGACUGUUGUUUAUGAAAAUAAUCUGAACACAUUUCCAAUGGCGAUAAGAUCGUGUUCUCUUAGAUGUUACCGGAGACUCAUGUUAGCAUAAAUUACCAAUGUGUGUGUAAUUAAUAAAAAAAUUGACUGAUAA